AUGGACGAUACUUCGAUACAAGGCUCUUCCCGCCCACCUAAAGCCUUCGAGAAGCGUCGCCCACAGAAUCAGUCGGACGAAACUGCGGCUUCUUCGAGAGCUGUCUCCUUGGAGCAGGCCAUUAUAGCUAACCUUCACCUAGAAGAAAGGCUUGGAGCUGAAACUCAAGGAGAAACAAUCGAGGUCUGUCUCGAGCGAAUGCCUUCAACCAAGUCAACAAUCUCCACGGCUUCGUCUUUUGUGAAGCGUCAGCAAGCAGCAGUUGGCGUUGCUGCAAACUUCCGGGAGAUUGGUAUCGGCCCCAUCGGCAAAGCGUCCGAGCAUCCCGGCACCACGUCCGCCUACAAGUUUCCUCUCACGAAGCAGGAUGAUAAGUUGUGGAACAAUUACAUCAUGCACAAGCGAAUCGAGACCGCGUUCAAUUCGCAUAUAUCUGGAUUCCCCCGCGAGCCCAAUCACAUUCUCUGUAUGGAAAGGAUCUUCCCUCUUCCGAAGCCCGUUCGUCACUGUCUAAUUGAGAAGUCCUGUCCGCCUCAAGGACGAGAGCAGUUGAUGAAGAGCGAGGCCAAUAAGGACUGCUUAGUGCGGCCGUAUCUCGGCCGCAUCAAGUAUGGUACGGGCGGCCAGUUCUUCUCUCUGCGAAACUUCAAGCUUCACGCCAACCAGAUCAAGGACCUGGAGAUGAAGCCAGCCGACCUGUAUCUGGGGAUGGCUCAUGAUCUUGGCGUUAUGCACUGGGUCGCCAAGAUUGACGGCAACGAUGUUGAGUUCGUCAUCGGAAGUUUUCCAGUGGCGGAGCAGGUUGUUCGCACUGACUACCGUCUUGUCGAUAUAUUGGCCCUGAAGCCAAUGACCAGCACGCACGAACUUCUGACGCACAAACUCCCUGACUUUGGCCGAAGAGUCACCUCAUUGUGGAUGAUUGACUUCGAUGACUGCCAUGAUAUCACCAUGGAUGACGCGGGCAUUGACAAGGCAGUCAAGGCGUUCAUCGAGACCAAUCACUACUGUCCCCGGCCGAAUUCAGGAGGCGAUUACAUCGAGACCAUGUGGAAAGAUUUCUCAAGCAUGUACUUGUCUUUCAGUAGCACCAUCAUGACGAAGCUGGGCAAGAAGAAUGAGCUGGGAAACCUUCCGGCCAAGUUCGUCGAGAGACUCAAGGUGACAUCGAUCGGAUCUCAACCACCCAACCCUGGCGCUUCUCCCCAAGCAAAGGACCGAGGAGGCACUUCCGGUUCCAGCUCUUCAGCCGGCCGCGGUGGCUCUUCCGGUGGCAAUACUCCUUCUCGUGGCCGCGGCGGCAUUCAUGACAGAAUAAGAAGCACAAAGCCAGAGAUUUUCCUCUCUUCUACUUUUACUCAAUGCGCUUACACACAUUAG